AUGUCAGUGAAUCCAGUACGUCAAUCUUCCUCAUUUUGUGGUCUAGCCUUACACAUCAUCGUGAUUCGUUCUUGUGCCAUGCUAUUUUACAAAUGUUCAUGCACUGCUAACACCACUGUCGUUCAGGGCUAGCCGGUGCGGCUAGUUUUAUUGGCAGUUGACUCUCGUCAGUAAUCUCUGCAAUUGCAGUCCCCCAGCGGUUACCUUGUGCGAUUGGCUUCCGGGACAUAUGUGUGGCAGUAAGGCCGAGUUACCUAAUUAACUCGGCCCUACUGCCAUACACAUGCGCCGGCUAUACCCACUCACCUAAUCAAAUCACAAGUCGAACCUGAAUAUUACAUUCUAAGCUGCUGGUGCGGAUUCAGUCAGAGGCUUGUACAAUAUUACCAGGCUGUGUGGACGUCAGUAGUUUUCAAGACCGUUCUCGAAUCUUUGGGUCGCACCCCUCUACUUUAAUUGAAGCCGCCUGUUCAUUAGUCAUCUAUGUAGACAGGUGACUUGACGUAAUCUAUGAAAUUUCAGCCAACAUAUUACCGUCUCUCACUAACUGUCAAGGCAAGUUGCUUAUUUUUCUGAUACAGAAGUGGCGAACAUUUAUUUGUUUGGUCUCAUGGAGAUACAGGAAGCAAAUAGCAGGCUAACGUUAUUUCCACGGUGCUAAUGGCUUGAACGUUAGACAUGGUCUUCAAACACUUGUUAGGUUCGUGUAUGCGGGUUUGUCUUCGAGUUGCAGGUAUCUAUGGGCGUUUUAGAUGGCCGAUUUAAUGCAUCAACAAACCGGAACCAGCAGUCACCACUGUGUCAUGAUUUUUGUCACCGCGGCUGUCUGAGAGAUUGCUGAUCUCAAGAGUAGAGAGAGGAGGAGGAAGGGGAGUCGGUAUCAGGAAACAUCCCAUGACGUUUUGCGCCCACAGUUUAGCGCACCUUUGGCGACAAAUGACCGACAAAUCUAUGCGUUUCAUAUAGGUCAGUCAGGCUGACCUUAGGGGAUCCUUCCGAUUUGUGUCUCAUUUGCUGUUCUCCCUAGUUAAACUGCUGGCAGACAGCGCCAUUGACCGGUAAUAGACCAACUCGUAGAUUGAACGAGUUGGUGUCAGAUUAUGGGACCUUGGCUAUUUUUGGGUGUUUUGCUUUCAUAUCGUUCGAGUGUGCACUAUCGGGGCAAGUAAAUGACCAUUUCAAGGUUUGCAUGACCUGUUAGCACUUAUCCCUUUUUUACACUGCUAUCCCAUGCCACGUAUUCGCGUCGCCAUCUGCCAUUAGGCCACCGCAACAAUUUGGUGGGAGUUUUACGUUGUAAAUGAUAGUCGGUAUGUAUUUUGUCAGCAGCCGAUCGUUGAACCCAUUAAGUAGGUUACGAAUCGUUAUCCUGGACCAUUAUAUAAGCUCAUAAUCGUUCGGCGCCGGUAUGUUUUAAGUAGCUUCAAUCACGUCACUGAUUAAGGGCAAGUUACGGAAGAUGCCUGACUUAAGAUUUACUUCAGUCAGUCUUUUCAUGACUUCGGCACAAGCACUUGUCCACGGUAAUGAGCCACUGGAUCCUAUGCCCUCUCAGCUUCCGAUCAUAUGUGCUACAUUAUGUACCGAUCAGGCGAAGGUGCCUUGAGGGAACUGCGUUUGUGUGCUAGAUAGAAGUUGCUGUUGUGGUGGAGGAUUAUUACAGUUUGUUACUUUUGGGGGAACGUUGGACCGGCCUCACCUUUCACGUAUAUCCAACUUGCAAUGGAAAAUAAACUGUAUGGUAAGAUCGCUUUCCGUGAUCUCCUGGUACUAAGUCAGGAAGACGCAAUCCCUCAGACAUUUGUCAUCCGAUAUUUGCAUCAAAUGAAAAAUUUCUGAAUUUUAGCAUCAUAAGAACACAUCACGUCCUUCUGUCAACCGCGUUUCCUAAAAUGUGCCAAUUUAUCAGCAUUUCUCUCGUCUGAAAUCGCAACAGACAGUCCGCGUUCCCUAGUUGCGUCCCUCAUCUUUCCUCUUAUGUGUGCAUCCUUAACAUAUCUGAUGUUGGUCUGAGUUUUGUCAUAAAUUCUCCCGCUUAGAGAUUUAAGGAAGAUCCACAUCAAGUUGGUUCUUCUGCUCCACCGUUUUUCGCUUAAAGUUUCAUCUUAUCUAUGGAACGCCGCAUCCCCAUUUAGCCUUAUUUCCUUUGCAUCCAGUAGAGCUUAAGGUCCAUGGCAUGUCAUAGCGGACUUUCACCCAACAUCCAUGUUCUACAAAAAAAACCACGAGAAAACUGUGCGAUCCUGUGGACCACUCUGACGUGAGCCGACGUCCGUUCUAUAGAUCGAUUCAUAGGUAGUCACUAGCCGAAAGUCUUUAUGGCCUUUUUUCCCGAGCUCAAUACUUUUCAAGGUCGGAAACCGUCAGUUUUGUCUGCGUGGGCUGAACUCGGGUUAAACAAAUAGUACGGGUUUAAAAACUGAGAACGUGAAAUUAGUCGGGAGCGGUUUGGGUCUGCCCGGUUUUUAUGUCAGAGACAGUUUACCAUAUUGGAUUGGAAAACUUUCAAACUCGUCCAAUUGCUAGCAUUGGCUUAUUCGUUUGAGGUCUAAAUAGUUGACGGUUUUGCACUAAGACUUCAGCUAAGUUCCUUGUAGCUGUAUUGUCAUUUUACCCUCUGUGCUUCCGCAGUUUUUAAGUCCGGCACCUAUCCAGAGAUUUCUGUGCACGAAGCUGAGUACGGUGCUGUGACAACCAUAUUGGAAUGCAUAGUGGACCAGCAGUUAAUUAGAUAUUUUAAACUGGCAGCUCAUCAAAAUGUUUCAAGGCAGUCAAACGAUAUAGCCACAUAGACGGCAGGAGAUGCGAGCCGGAUUUAUACGUGCUUAGCCUGUGGUUAUCAGUGCGCAAAUGAGCACGUUCUAUACUGGUAGGCUUUGUCAGCGAUUUUCUUUCCUUAUCCUUUCACACUGUCUUCUGGCGCCAGCCCUACAAGUCGUGCUCCAUCUCAUGAAAGGUCGCGAACUGCGAAAUAAAAUCGCUGUAGCAUACCAACCGCCCCACCCCGCAUCCACGAAAGUUAUACUACGUUAAAGAUACCACCGAGUUUCAAAACAAGGCACAGUUUGCUUUAUACAGUAUUAUUUAUUAGCUGAAGAGUAAUUGAUUUACGAAGAACCACCAAAUCAAAGAACGACUUUAUGACAGGUCAAUUACUUAAGGUCUAAUAUAACUGCCAGCAGAGAAGAAAAUGCCGUACAACAACAAAGUGAUGAAAAACAUUGACAAAUACAACGUAUAAGUACUUUUUUGAUUGUCCUUCGGCUUUUAAAGUUGAUUUAAGCCGGGAGGGCAUAUAGACUACUAAGUUAUUUAUGGUGGUUUGGCGUAUACAAUUAUUAAGCUCAAAGUCCAAUUUCCGCUGUAUUGAAAGAUGCUUUUUUUGCUCUGCCCUAAUUCCUUUUGACUGAUGCAAAAAAUCUUCGAUUGGAUUCAGGUCCCGGCCAUUGACGGACAUAAAAAUACUUUGCGAGUCGCAGGCAGAGAAGUUGGUCGUAGUCUAAAACAUUAGACUAUAAUCGUAAGCUGAAUUGGAAUCAUGCCUCCUUUGAGCGGUGAGCAGGGGCAUUAUCCCAUAACACUAUAAUGUUCACUCGGUGUCGAUGAAUGCCGUUGUAACCGAAAGCAUAUUUUACGAUGUCGGUGUACACCUCGCUAAUUAUCGUCUCCUCUGUUGAACGCCAUAUUGGCCGCUCCUCGAAUUUGAUGGCUAUCCAGACCAUCAGGCGUCGAGAGUUCUUGCAAGUUGGUCUCCAUACACUGUGCUUCUACGGGAAAUUCUUCUCACAUAACCACCUGGGCCGACCUCGGAGGCUUGUCUUAAAAUAGUACCUCAUCACAGACGUAAAUUGCGUUUUUCUGAUGGAGGUCGAAUUCUUUCAUCCUUUUUCUAAUUAUGAAAAGAGAAAACAUUGACAGGUGUUCUCUUCGUUUCUCAUCUGGGACCUUGGAGGCUCUAGUAUCACGUCGCCGGCAUAACCUAGAUUCUUAGUACCCGGACAAAGAUGUACAUUAACCCUGGAAUGGCCUGCAGACGCGUUCUAACGAAUCUAGUCAGCACACAGACAAGCAGAUUUGAUUAAAGAUUAUAGGCUUGACGAGGAUUGGAGGUGUUGUCAGAGAUAUUAAUCUUAUCAUUUGCACGAACUUUUGUCCUUUUUCUGUGGUAGUUGACCGAAGCCAAUCAAUGUGAUUAUGGUCUCUCGCCACCAUCUAACGCAGUCGACCAGGAUUCGGUGAGGUCAAGCUCAGGCGGGAAAUCCACGAAAAAGGUAGACAGCGAGCUGCUGAUAUUAACUGUAGAGCCAAGUGUUCGGUGAAGCGAGAAGUACAGAUCAACACAUUCCUGUCCUCUUCAAUCGCUGCAUUGCUCAUUUAUUUUUCGAACUCUUCAGUGGGAGAGGAUGCAAUUGACAAGGGCGAUUUGGAAGACUUAAGCAUCAAUGUCGAGAAGACGUGUGCCACGUUAGUCUUUGCGCAGUAUUCUUUCACCUUUUUAAAGAUUGGUGCAAUGGCGUCGUCGCUCCAGUUUAUGCAUACCACCCUCGCCCGAAAUUGCAUCAGGGGCUGCGUUAUCUCGCAUCUAUCACUGCAUUGUCGGGGUUUCGCUUCUCGUUGGAAGACCGUCUCGCCAAACGAUUCCUUUGUCAGUUCCGCCAUCAGCGUAAAGUCGCCCUCGGUAGGUAAUGGGCUGUUAUCACAGCUAUGCCCGGGCUCCGGCCGUAUUUAGAUUGAAUAGCUGAGAAGCCAAGCCUGUUGAAUUCAGAAGCUAGGUCACAUCUUCCGCUGGCCUGUCGUCUGCCAUCGCAUCUCUUUUGUCCCUGGGCGUUAACAUAACCAUUUUAUGGGACUGGUUCAUCUUCUAACGACGACACAGCCUCUUGAUAUAAUAGCUAGACAAAGGCCUUCCUGGUUUUGGCUAAUGGUACUGCAGCAUUUGCUGUGGUCAUGCCAUGCAGACCCCGCGACCUCACAAAUCAAGUCUCGGGAAUUCUGGUUAUUGUAAAGUCAAUCAAUUCUUUCACCACCAGCCAGUCACAUCGUCUCACCAGUGACUACAGUUACGCGAGAGCUCCUGUCAUGGCCUCACUCCUCUUGACAGCUACUCUUGAGAAAAGGCCUCCAUUUGCGCCAUUUUUCGGCUGAAGAGACCACCAUCGUCUUCGUUAGUGUGGCGGGCGUUUGGAUACAGCCUGAUGGAAGUUGGAGGCAGUGGCAAGACCCUUGAAAUGGUCAUCAAAGUAAUUCAUCGUGGGUCGUACCCUUUCCUUAACAUGCAGCUGUGCGCUGUGCUUGAUCACCACAUUAGCAUGCUGAGGAGCAUUCUCACCGCCGGCGCCAGGCAAGUCACAGGAGUCCAGUACCAAAUUCGUCAGACCUGCUUAGACACUUAAUCCAUUCGGUUUGGGGUCUUGUCACUUACGCGACUGCGUCCUGCGCAGUCAAAUAGGCACGCCUUUUGCUAUUCUCACAGCUGUUUCUAACUUCGUAGUGGCCAAGUAUUUGCCUCUUUAGUGCAUGGAACUUCUUAUAGUGAUAUUGCGGCCACCUGCAAGGACAAAGCCGCAUAUCAACGCACGCAUCACUACGGUCUGUAACUUGACGCCGAAAGUUUCUUUCUGCGUAUCAUCAACAAUGCGAACCUCAAGAACUGUGGCCUUGCAAGAAUUGUCUUAGUGGUGAACAACUGUAAUCCUUAAGGACACUGGGUCUCAGCACACAACUAAAUCUUUGGCCCGAUCACUCAGGACGAUUGCAACACCAGUCCUAUCAGAGUUCUCGACACCUGGCACCUUAGUACUGCGCAACUUAUGGGCUGGCAAGCGUUUCUCAGAGAGAAGAGCAAGGUCUUAUUUCAACGCUUAUAGCUCACAUGGGUAGGCUUCGCAUUGCCAGUGUAGUUCUAGUUCUCAUCAUGCGACCAUAUCCAUUCCUGCCUAUUUUCUACUCGGCUUUCGCUGAUGUCCUUUCCAUUGUCCGCCGCCCAUCGAUGUGCUCAGUAGCCAGCAGGUGGGCCCUCUUCCCAGGACCAUCUGAGAUGAAUUAAGGUUUACCAGGUCCCAGAAUCCACGUACUAGGUCCAUUAUUCUCUUAUCCGCUCUGCUUUUUUAGCAAAGACUGCGCCUGGUUACCAUGUUUGGUGCUGGACUUCUUGUUGGUGCGGCUCUGGCAAUUAUAAUUCCGGAAGGCGUUACUACCAUCCUUAGUCUACAGGGUCAUGCGGACGGAAACCCACGCGAAGUCGUGGAGCAGGUUCGUCACUCCUGAAAAUAAACCUGUCAAAUUGUAUUUUGGAAUCCUACAUUAUGUCUCAAUGCUCCUUAUUCGUCCUAAAGGACAGCCGUAGAGGGACAUGGUAAGGGAAACUUUCAAACAAUUAUAUUUUUGCUUCUUCACUUCCCCUAAGGAUGCUUAUUAUUGUUGUGUCACGGUUAAGCUUCAGUCAGGACUAUUCACAAGGUUCGGGUUUUUAAAGAUUCUUCUUGCGCUACAGCAAACUUAAAUGUGAUUUUUUAAUUAAUCCAUCGCACUUUACACACAUUCCACUAUCGAUCGCCUAGUUAUAUACUUUUGCUUCAUCUUCACAGGCGAGCUUCUGGUUUAUGUUUUGCUCGAGAGUUUUGUUGUCUUUAUUAGGUUUCUGGUUAAAACGCUUAGUGUGCCGCUACCUUGCCAGGCGUAUCGCACGAUUCAGUCCUUCUUGUUUUCGUCCUCUCCCAUCGUAGUCAUUUGUGCGGUACGGUAGCCCACAAUACGCUACUUUUUGAAAUUUUUACAGGGCUGUGGAUGCGUUUAGUUAGCUGUUGUUAGCUUUUCAGUCUAAACGUAGGCAGCGUGUUAUUAGACUAACUCCUUUUCUACAAGUGUCAUAUUACUGCUAGUCGCCCCUCUCGCGUCUGCUUGCGGGUGAUGACUUUGCGUGUUACAUGGUGUUUUCUACUUGCCCGUCGGGAUCACACAAAGCUUUUCGGGCUGUUUUGUUGACAGCAACUGUUGUAGGAUGCCGUCUUAGUGCUGUGUCACUUAGGUCAACUUUCGUUAUGUCUCCCCUUUUCGAUCCUUUUUUCAGCCUUUUAAACGUGUGUUAUGGUUUUUCUGAUGAAUCACAUGAGACUGCGGUAAUUUAGUAUUCUCGUUUCUUUUCAUCAGCCAGCUCCCCCGGUGCUCAAACCCUCUGUGAAUGCAGGUGCUCCCGAAGCGGAGGCCAACAAAAAGCACCUUGGAGAGCGGGCGCUUCAAGCUGUGCUGGCUGAAGCCGGCGUCGAAAAUGCUCGCGUGCCAUUUGCAGCCAAAGCUGACGUCGGCCCCGUAGGAGCACACGAACACGGUAAUCAUGUAAACGGCCCUGGUAAGACGCACAACCUCAUUGGUGUCGCUCUGACACUGGGUUUUGUGCUGAUGUUCCUCGUGGACCAGGUGGGCGGUAAAUGCCUUGACCCGUGUACUGUCUGCUGCCGGACCUGCUUCGGACGGCUUCCCUGCUGCCCACAUGAUAGUUUCGAACGCUUUCAUGGCAAGUGUUUUGCUCGUUUUAACCCCCCUUCAAAAUCCCCGAAAACCUACAUUUAUGACAUCAACCUCAUCCCCUCACUCCGUCUUAGUCAGUUCCGCGUCCGUUGUCCAACCAGCGAGAUUUCUACCUUAGGCGUAGAUGCUCUUGAUUCUUUACUGAGCGCCCCGCAGCACCGGCAUAGUAUGCGUAGAGCACCCGUCACUACCCUUUUGGUAGACGCUGCCUGUUCCGAGCUGUACUUCGGUUGUUGAUCGUUUGGUUUGGGCACAUCAGCCAAGCUCGUGCAAUGUUCAUUUUUACUUGUCGUUGCCUUGCCCAGUUUGUGAAGACCAAUGUCGCCGUGGAGGGCACUUGAUCAGUCUUCAGUUUAUGCUUUUGUGUUAAGUCUUUACGAUUGUUAGUUUCAGUUUCUCACCAGAAGUAGUUUUCGUCUUAAGAAGAGACCCUCAUUUCUAUAUGACUUUAUUCUUGAAAGCGUACUUCACACGGUGUGAUCCGUUUGUUGGACCAAAACUUAAUCCUCGGUCAACUACUGCCGAUGAAACCUCUGCAUCUUUUUAAUUGGCGACCUAGCAUUUUAUGCAUACCGUAGCGCUGAAAAGCAAAGCUGGUCUGUUGCAUCUGAUUGCCUGAAAGUUAGGCCAUCUCCUUUUCUAUACAGCUCGCGCUUGGGUUCCUUUGUCCCGGUUGACUGACUUAGGUCCUAUCUUUAUGCGGCUGUCCACACUUUACUACCCACCUGCUGAAAAAGUGGGAAUUUUGCCACGUUUUGAAAGGACGAGGAUUGCAGGAUACGGGAACAAGAACGCCUCCCUCCGCUAAUACAGAUGGCCGUGCGGUAAUUUCCAUGACGGGUACCUAUUUCCGUGUCAUAGCCCUAAGCCUAACUCCAACGCCAAUCUUGCCCCAACCGAUGACUUCGCCGGAAUUUAGCGCAAAGCCACUUGUAUUACGGGACAUUCUUAUUCUCAUGUUCUGCUGGGCCAUAUGAGCGCUCAUCACCUUUGAAGGUUGUUUCGCCCUUGAACGCUUGGUCUCAAGCUUUCGAAUUUGAACCCUACAGUAUUGCUAUUUCAUGUACCCGCUAGCCCGCACUGAAAUCGACGAGAUGUUUCACAUCGUCGUUUUCGAUUUUUAUUCCGGACUAAGUUAUCAGGAGGCCAUUCAAGACAUGUUGCCGCGGUCUGUUGGCCGUGCUUUCUAUUUUCUACAAUAGGACAGCUUAUCUGUUAUUUUUACGCCCCGGUUGGGAUAUGUGAAGUCCUGGGCAAUUUUGUUAAAAGUUCAUACUUUUACUCUUCCAUGUAGGGAAGUAUUUAGGAGAUUUAAUGCUUAUUACUCUGAAACUGCAAAUCAUCCAGUCUUCUCUCCAAAGCGCCAGUAGUUUUUCUACAUGCCUACCAGUACUACUGUGGAAGUCAAAUUAAAUUAAGCUCUAACUGUUCUCCGAACACAAUAAGCAGAUUUCUUAGAUACCUAUCCUGCCCUGUGUGGGCAUUUUUCUACUACAAAUUACGACGUAAUUCUCCAGCCGCAGUCACCUUAUGACUUGUUAAUUCGGCCGACAGCCUCAAUUCCCAUCAGAAUAAUUAGUCACGUCUCUGCUUUACAUUGUUAGAUAAUGUAUUUUAAGGGGAACAUAAGAUAGGUAGCCAAGUUUAUGAGACAUGGACUGAGAUUUCUAAAUGUAGUUUCUGUCAUGAGAAAUGAAUAGAAAAGAAAAGCGCUGUUUCAGUGGUCAUUCUAGUGAGCGUAAUUUUGGCAGAUGACGAGGAAGGUGACCAUCGAAAAGCCGCCGCCUUGGCGUGUUUGAAGUAACCUGAGGCUAUGUCCCAUACCAGUCAGUAUUGCAACCUGAAUUCUUUCCCACCGAAAUCAGGUUUCAGAAUUUCAGUUACUGUUUCCCGAAUUCGCUCACCGUGUUUUUCUGACUUUCACGCUUCACGUAGGAUUAGUUCCUUAACUGCAUUAAUUCACCUAUUGCCAUUUGUUCUUAUUCAAAAUUUCUAAUUCCUUAUCUUCGUCUUACGUCUCCUGCGUAAUAGAAUCCCUGUGAUAGAAAGCAUUCAUAUCAUAAAUUAUAUGGAGGUCAAUCGGAAAACAAAAGUUCGUCUAGGUUUACCCCUGAAUAGCGCGCGGCUGGGGGCCUUACACACAUUCGACGAGCGACUUGGAUUCGAAGUUCUCGCCGCACGUCACAGUCUCCGACUACCAGGCGUUCGCCCUUCAUAUAAUGCACGGUGCGCUGUGGGAAAGGUUUUGAUGAGCUGCUCUACAGAGGAGAAAAAACAACCAUUCAAGUCGUUCACGAUUUACGUAUGUAUGCCAUUCCUCGCAUCAGGCCGGUUCGGACAGCCUAAUGGAGUGAGGUUGACGGUCUCAGUGCAUAUUCCUCACCAUCAACAACCGGACGUACCUGAAUCUAUCACGGUGAGCUAAAAGCCGUGGCUUGGAAGGCUGCCAGCUGGCAGGAUAACGUAGACCUCGCAGUCAGCCCGGCGUGUGUUUGUGUGAAGUCGCCGACUGCUGGACUGCGAGUCAGGCUGCAAUGGCUCCUGCUAAAUGUGGCCUCUAGGUCACUCCCAUUCAGUUCGAUCCCAGUUGGUGUGGUGGUAUGCACUAUGGUGUGAGUUUUCGCCAUGUCAUCCACCUGCGCCCUCUGCUGACUGUGGUCUUCUUAGCUCUGUCAUGACGUCUGUCUCAGGUAGAGAAGGAGAGGGUGUGGUAGGUACUGCGCAAGUCUACCGUCACUGUAGACGAAUUGACGCGAAAGUCACUGUCCUCGCUGUCAUUUUUUUGUGGGGCACGCGGUGGAAGCCGUACGAAACGACGGUCAAACAGCCAUGCAUGCAUGAACAAAGAUCCCUACCUCGACCAUGGAGGUCCAGAGGCGCCAUUUCCCCACCAGUUGACGCCUGAAUUGGAACAACACAAGCUUUGAGAAUUAGCUGCAAAUGAAGUCGGGAGCCAUUAGUUUGCCACCUAACUGCACAGACUUUCCACAAACCAGUGAGCACAUACAGUAGGUGGGCUAACUCAUGAAAUGUCGACCAAAAUUUCGAAAUGCGUUUUUGUUUCCAAAAGACUGCUUAAGUAGCGUUUUAAAAUUAAUCAUCACGCAGCGUAAUUCUGUAAUAAUUCAGUUACCUCAGGAUGCCGGCCUUCGAACGAACUGCUUUCCGGCUGCAUGCAAAAACGUUUCUGCAAAAAAGCCUACUUAAGUAGCGUGCAUUUUUCUCAUUGAUUUCCAAUGCCCUUAAAAAUUCAAUCAUAUUUCAUGGAAAACAUGCAUUAAAAUAAUAAUCCUUUUGAACCUUCGUUAGAAAAUGACGUCUUCUAAUUUUAUACUCAAGCGAAAGGUAUAAUUCGGUUUUCAAAAACUUUCCCAAUUCCCGUGUAGUUUUGAACCCGACCUGCCGUUACACUUGCAUUCAGGGUUUCCAAACUACAAGCCGUUUAUUUUCCACGUACGGUAAACCAUACAUUUUUCUAAAGUGUUAAGAGGAGAUUAUAUGGGGUUCAUAAAUUUUAGCAGUGGAUUUGAGCCAUAUUGUUAACUUUACAAGCCACAUGGAUAAAUCCAGAGACAUAACGUUUUAUGAACGGCCAUUUCGCGGUAUUUAAAAAAUCUCACAAUUAGAAACUUUCAUAACCAAGUUAUAUCUUCCCUUUGAGUAUAAAAUUGGAAUAAGGCGUCAUUUUCUAACGAAUGAGUGAAAGAAUGAAUAUUUUUAUGCAUGUUUUCCAGGAAAUAUAAUUGAAUCUUUAAGGACAUCGAAAAUCGAUGAGAAAAAUGCAUGCUACUUAAGUAGUCAUUUUUUGCAGAGUAUAGUUGUUGCAUGCAGCCGGAAGGAAGUACGUUCAAAAGUCGGCAGCCUGAGGUAACUGAAUUUUUACAGAAUUACGCUGCGUGAUGAGUAGUUUUAAAACUCCACUUAAUUAAUCUUAUCGUAACGAAAACGCAUUUUGAAAUUUCGGUCAACAUUUCAUGAGUUAGCCCACCUACUGUACGUGGACUGCCUAACCACCCGGAGACCACAAUCUACAUCCAGCCCUAGGAUUGUGUGUUAACCGUAAAUUUUUCAGUACCUGUUUCCCGUGUUAAUUGUGCAUUUUUCGACAUGGCUUGCGAACUACUGACUGCGCAAACAUGAACUAGUGACGAAGCACAAUUAUCCGCGUUGACACGUCAAAAUUCAGGGCUUCGGAGUCUGCCACUACUGGACUGUCAAUAGUUUACAAAUAGUUGCGUAAGUCAAAACUUUAACGAAGGGGGGGAGUAUUUGGGGCCACUCAGUCUAAUUUCCCCUAAGUAAAUCGCCGAGACGACCUACCCUUGGCGUAUGCACCCACUCGCCACCACCUCGGUACCCAAGAAGGGCGAACUACUGGGCGCCAAGAAAGACCUAUAAGACCUGCAUUUUCCCGGUCUAUUAUCUCCAAGAAUCACUUCAAUAUAACCAGGAGUCAGGGAACGGACUAUUCUCCCAGGAUUCAUAUUUUCCCCUUCCGGUGCGUGUGCUGAAAAUAUUUGUAUCGAUAAUGUCUUUCUAGCCCCUUAUCUAUUCACCAGACUUCAUUUUAUGCAUGCAAAUGGUGUAUGCGUGUACAUAUGUUGAAUGAGCUCUGCUACUAGUUUUGCCGCGCGUAAUUUUAUUGGUUUACCUAGUAACUUUUAUCGGAAGCACUAAUUUUUCUUUAUUCUUACCUUUGUUUUCAGGUCCAUCAGAUGUUAGCGAUCUUGCUCGGGCCGAGCAUUCCGCCUUCACGACUACUCUUGGUCUUGUGGUCCAUUCGAUCGCAGACGGAGUCGCCAUUGGUGCCGCCUUUGAUCUCACCUUCGACCUCACGCUCGUGCUUUUUGUUGCCAUAAUGUUGCACAAGGUGAAUCCACACUUGCUAACUUGGCGAUUGUUCGACUGUCGUUGCCGACGAUGUCCACCGUUUGCUCCAAGGCAAGGUUGAGCAGACACCUUGACUUGCGGGUGAUUUAGUUCAUAGUGAAUGUAGACCUGCGCUGCAUCUACCACACUCCUCCUCCCCCACCUGGGCCCGGUGUCAAGACAUAGUCAAGAAGGCCGGAUGCGGGAGAGGGCGCAGGUGGAUGGCACGGUCGAGCUCGCACCUUGGCGCUCCACCACCAGUCGGCCGGCUCUGGACCACCAGCCGGCCACUCCACAUAAACACAACACUGAGCCGACUGCGAUGUCUGUGGGCAACCUUCCAAGUCACGGCUUUUAAUGCCCCGUGAUAGCUUCAAGCGCAUCAGAUUGUUUAUAGUGAGGAAAGUGCGCUGAGUCGUCGACCUCACUCUCUUUUCCCAUUCCCAGGCCGCAAUCACUGUCCGAGCCGGUUACUUGACAGGUGUGGGGAAUGGGUGCGGUGGCUGACAUAUCUAAUGACCUUGUCUGCGCGCGCCAUAUGCACGACCUGGCCCCCAAACACAGGCACCAAAAUUUCACACAACAGGGGUUUAGCAGCGUACAUCUCGCAUUCGUGAGAGAGCCGUAGGCCGCAUUAAAGAGGAGCCGCUUCAGCCUUGCUCUCAGCCCGCCAUUCCGCACAUACACACACGCACACAAUUGGGCAGACUGCGUGGACUGAGUUGGGACGUCGGUCAGCAGCCUUCCAAGUCUCAGCGCUUGAAGCGCCGCGAUAGUCUCGGAUUCGAAUCACACACGCAGUAGGGACCGCAUGGAGAUGGAGCCGAGCCGCACACUUCCCAUUUGCGUGGGAGGUGGCGAUUGGGUUCUUGUGGUGGAUGAUGGUGUUGUGUGAUGUAGAUGGAGGAAGGUGUGUUGGUGUGACGUAGUCGGCGGUUGUCUCCCGCAGGUUUUGGUGAAUGUGCAUGUGGCCCAAUAGGCCCAUGUGGUAGGUGAAUGUGUGGGUGCAGUCGAGGCGUAUGCGGCGGGUGUAUGUGGGUGCUUCAGGCACUGGUUCGCCAGUCUUCGCGAUGGAUUCAUAAGCGACCUACCAGGCCGAUGUGUGAUGUGAAUGUACUGGGACAGUGUGAGCAGGAACAGUCGGUGGUGUCAGUGUCGGUUUCGGUGAUGGUGGCAGUAGUGGGGCUACUGAUAGAGGACGCGCUGGGUGGCGGGGUGUGGGUUCGGCUAGGCAUGGUGGAUGUGCAAGAUGUGUUGAGUGUGGUGGAGCUGAUGGCGGUAGGCGUGCUGGACGGCGGAGUGUGGGUUGAGCCAGGCAUGAUGGAUGUGCAAGAGGUGCUAGGUGUUUCCAGACUGCGGUCAAUUCCACUCUCGUGGAUACGCAUCUGACCGAAUAAACCUAUGCGAUAAGUGAAUGUGCGGGGGUAGUGUGGACAGUGGAGGUGAAUGCGGUGAGUGUAGGUUAGUGCCCCAGGCACUGAUUCGCCAUUUUCUGUGCAAUAGAUUCGCAAGUAACCGAACUGGCCGAUGUGUGAGGUGAAGGUGCGGUCGCACUGAGAACAGGUAUGAAUCGAGUCCAUGUGUGUGCAGUGGUGGUGGGUACAGGAGCCGCCGCAGCGGACGUUGAGGCAAUGGAGAAGGAGGACGAUGAUGAAGAUGGUGGUGGGGGUUCGGUAGUGCGGUCAGUGUUAGUUGACGGUGUAGGGGAUGAAACAGAGUUGAACUGGGAGACAGCGGCUAAUGUAGUCCGGGUGCUGCAGUUGGUACGAAGGUGUUCUUUAAGGCCGAUUAGCACUCGAAACGUCCGCUGGCAGGGUGGGCAGGUUGGGGAUGAUUGAGCGGAGAAGCUCAUGGACAUUCGUUAUGGAUACACGCGACUGGAAGUGUAUCCGCCGGCUGUUGAGGAGUUGGCCGUCCGUCCUGUAGGCGAUGCGGAUUCCAGGACGUUUGUCACGGUAGGCGUCAAUCAGUAUGGCAGAAAUCAUGAGGCUGAAGAGAGUAGACGCGAAGACGCAGCCCUGCUUCACUCCGUUGGUCAUUGCGAAUGCCUCUGAUACGGUUCCAUUGUCCGGGAAUCGCUCCAUCAUGCCAUCGUGGAGCUGGCGCACCAUCUGAGUGAAUCUUUUAGGACUGCUGAAUUUCUGCAUGAUUUCCCAGUCCUUCACAAUUCACCGUGUCGAAGGCUUUCGCUAGAUUUACGAAGGCUGAACAGAGGUAUGUCCGCAUCUCCUGACACUUCUUGCUGUUGGCGUGUGGCGAAAAUCAUGUCUGUGGUUUCACGAUGACGGCGGACGCCGCACUGUUUUUCCUGCAAUAGACCUUGUCCCAGGUGGUGGUUCAGACGGUUGAGGAGAAUGCUAGCGAAUAUUUUCCCGACAAUGUUCAGCAGGACGAUGCCACGAUGGUUGUCACAGAGUUGGCGGUUAACUUUCCGCUAUAUGGAGAUGCACGAUUGUAGCAUCCUUGAAAUUCUGGGGACUUUUCCUUGACGCCACAUCUUCUGGAAGAGCGCCAUAGGAUGAUUCGUGAAUUGGGAGCCACCCUGCUUGUAGAUCUCCGCAGGAAUCACGUCCGAUCUGGGCGCUUACCCGCCGCAGAGCUGCUGCACGACCUUGAUGGUUUCGUGGAGAGAGGAAGCAGGUCAAGGUCGGCGUUGGUCUCCACUUGAUGCAGACGGGCAAUGGCGGCGUCGGAGAUUGUGGAGGUACGGUCGAGGACGCUUCUGAAGUGCACUGCCCAUCGCUGAAGAACUUGCGACUUCUCGGUGAGUCGGGUACUGCUGUCGGUUCGGAAAAAAGAGCAAUUCCUUCGGUCGGCGGACCGUAGACAGCCAUGAUCGAGACGAAGAAAUUCUUCCAUGAGUUGCUGUCCGCGUAACCUUGGAUCUUCUCGGCUUUGCGAGCCGUCCUGCAUUUCCCGCAGCCGCUGUUGCUUUACGCGGCGACUAUGGUAUAAGGCUGCUUUGUUGUCGUCGGUGGGACGGGUGACGUAGGCUUUGUGAAGGCGAUUUUUCUCUGCGAGCAGGCUGCUGAUGGCGACGUCGUCAUGAAACCAGUCCGGAUGUUGCCGUCUUGCGUGACCGAGGACAGCCAGGACCGUCGACUGGACUGUGUCUCGCAGUUGACAAUAUCGGUUCUUCACGGUGACGUUCUCGUCAGCGGCGGCGGCGGCGGCCGCAGCGGCGACUGGAAAGUUGCCUAGCCGUUGAGCUAGCUGGUUGUUGAAAUGGAGAUGGUGGUCAGAAAAAGACGACGAAGCAAUAUUUAGCUUACCCGGGGAUCGUUUACCCUGAGGUCUCUUGCGAGACUAGACGAAUCCGCAUCUUAGAGAUGACAAGGCGAUGGUCAGUCAACCCGUCGGCCCGCUGAUCUCGCCUCCGGACAAGGACAUAGUCCAGCAGGUGCCAACGUCGCGACCGAGGAUGCAUUCAGGUGGCAUUUUCUCGCAUCGGAAGGCGGAAGUGGUUGUGGGUCAGGGUGAGCCGGUUUUCUGCGCAGGUUUGUAAGAGGAUCAGGUCAUUGCCAUUGCAACCGUCGAGACCAUGGAAACCCAGCACUCCUCUCCAGGCAUUAUGGCCUGUGCCGACGCGGGCGUUGAAGUCACCAAGUGCCAUCAACUUGUCCGCCUUCAGUGCAGUCGCCAGGAGUGUGUGCAGGUCUGCGUAGAAUUUGUUCCUUGCAUCGUCAGGGCUGGUCAGCGGGGGAGCGUAGACGCCAAUGAUGGUGGCGAAUUCGCCUUCCCAGAGAGGCAGGCGGAGGCUCACCAGGCGAUCGUUGAUGCCCUGUGGCAGACAGGGCAGUCGUCCCACAAUGUCGUUCCGGAUGACAAAGCGACGCCCGGGUCCCGUCGCUCUGCCUUAGAACGACCGCUCCAGAAGAAGGUGUAGCCGGCACCAACCGCCUCCAGUUGGCCUUAUUCGGAGAGCCGGGUCUUGCUGAGUGCAGCGACGUCCGUCUUGUAGCGCGCCAGUUCCUGAGCCACUAGCGCCGUCCUCCGUUCUGGUGGGUUGCUCCUCGGAUUGUCUAACAGGGAACGAACACUGCAGGCUGCCAGAGUGAGCAGACGGGGAGGAGGAGGGGGAGAUAGUGUUGUUUCUUGUUUGAUUGUUUCGACCGUGAGUUUUGCGUCUGAGCCCAUGGUCAGCCUGCAGACGGCGUGGGUCCCCAGCAUUUGUUUAGGGCACCUUUCCUAGCCCCUUUCCCCUCCCGGGGUGGGGGUAAGCAAUGCUCUCUCUAAAUAGGAUUGCUGAGUUGUCCCAGACGGCUGCCGAACUCCACAUUGGGUCACGACUUUGGUUUAGUGGGAGAUCGACCCGAGCUAGCCCUGGCCGCCUACGAGAUCGCUGUCGCUUGACAGGUGGGGGGGGGAGAUGAUGGGGGAAGUGUGGAGAGAUGGGAAGCAUAGCUCUCUUGUCCCUCUCUAAGCUAACUGGCUGCUGAAAUAUGAACAGUGAACUGACAAAUUCAACAGAACGGCAUUUAGCCUUCAGUUAGGACGGACACGAACAAGCAGGCAAAAACGUCAAAAAGCAAACGCAACAGAGGGAAUUCAACGGAGCGGCAGUUAGCUUUCAACAAGGACAAACACAAACAAGCAGAGGAAUAGCAGUCCAACAGACAAUGUUCGCUUACUUGGGGAGCUCACUUGUGGCCUCCUACUGUGUUACAGACGGAGCCUCAUCUCGGAGAUGCCGAGGUGGUGAUCCAUCUGGCCAGCGGAGCCGAGUUACCGUGUGCGGAGAUGUACACAUGUAUACCCUCGCCUGAUCUGGCCCGUCGGUCGCGCCGCAUGUGAGAGUUGGGUGCUCGUUAAUGGAUGCUAGCAACUGAGCGACCUACUACGAUCGUCACGUGGACCCACAACUGGACACCCCUACACUCCGCUUACUCGACAAUAGACAAAUGUACCCGUGACCCGAGUACAAGCCGCAACCAGAAAUAUAAAUCUUGUGUUUCGGUGGACACCUUUCUAUUAAGACAAACCUCAAGAACUUUGGGGAGCAUUGAGGGCUGUAGAGAAGGAAUCGUGGUACGGCAUUAUUGCGAUAACGCAGCUGCCAUAGCAUACCGAAAAAUUUGUCAUGCUUCUAACCGAAAACCAGAGAGACCUAUCCUGUCACAGUCUUUCGUUUAAUUCUUUUGAGCAGUUAAUAGUCCCCGACGUCUGCGCCCUCCAUUCUUAUGCCCUCUCAUUUCUUGGUGGACGUUUUAUACAAUAACCCGAAUAAAGACAACACGCGACUCAAUUGGAGCGGGCAGACUUGCACCCAAACACUUUCUAAUUUUUGCUUCCUCCUGGUUUCGUUCUCUAUCUCCAUAAGUAAACCUUUUGGUGCGUAACUUUUUUCUGCUGUUGGCAGUUGUGGUGCGGUGCAGUGCAACCUUCCGUUUGGUAUUUAUCGACUUAUGACAAUGCCAAAUGCUCGUGAGAUGUACUCGUCUGUCAGAAAACUGCGCAAGGCUGACACGUGUGCGCUGCCUGCUAGUCUCCUGACAAAGUUCGCGUUGUCACACCCCGUUUGGGCCCUUGAUGCACUGCACUGAGUCGCAGAAAACUGUCAGAAUCAUUUAUAUGCUUUCCAUCGGUUGCAUUUUCCCCGUCAUAAGGGCCCACCGAACCUUUGGUAAAGUGCAGGUGCUUUUUAGUUGCGAUUGGGGAACUCUGUAAGGUCAAAAGAGUUGGUAAUUGGGUUUCUAAGUGCUUACACGUAGUAUCGUCGCAUAGCGUUAAAUCCAUCUAUGCCGUCUUGGUCGUGGUGCUUUGAGGAGCCCUUCGCCGCGUUUCUUUGUUUUGAUGAGCCGCUGCCUCUUCCUCUUGAAGAGGAUUGUCUCCAGGACUGUAGACUUGCGUGUGGAUUGAGUUCUAACGAUGAAGGCUUAUUCAGUAUCGGUCCCAUCGGCUUCUGUUGACACGCCCCAAUCAAGGGAACUGAAGACGACGCCUUCACGGUACGCCGUUGGACGCAUACAACAACACAUUUGGCUGUGUCUUCCACCAAAUUACACCACGCCCUCCUAUUCUGUUAUGCAGAGCUUUUCAAUGCCCAGUCGCCAGUUAGCCCAUAGUUUUUGAGGUACCUUGGCAGUUUCUUACCCGGUUUGUCAAUAUUAAGCGGUUAUUCCGCAGUAGCUGAUAGAUUUCAGCUCAAAUAUUCAUAUUAAAUUUCGGACCGUGCCUGAAAAGGUCUGUUUCGAAAGAGUUACUGCAAGUUCGCGCAUUAAUUUCCUCGGAACUUAAACAAGGCAAGUUUCCUACCUGUUCUCUGGGUUCGAAGGUGUGUUACCCACUUCCGGCCUAACAUAGUUACUCCGUCGUCGUCGUCGUCGUCGUCGUCGUUGGUGAACAUCGGCUUCAAUUUUGGUUGUGGAUCGUGUGAAAUGGUUUAUAACAUGAAGUGUUGCGUAGUCACUUCCAACCGGACUCCAGUGACGACCGCAAAUCAGAUACUGCGCAGCUGAUGUCAGGUGUGUAUUUGUACAGUGUACAUGAGCCGUAACCCAUUUUUGACUCAUAUGUUCCAAAAGUAAGACUUAGAGCACUGGAGAAAUAGCCAUCAGACUGCCUGUCAGUCGUCGCUGGAGUUCGGGAUGCACUCAGAUAAUAACAAACAGAAAUGUACUUUCAAAAGUCGUCCUAAUGAAAAAAAUAGGAGUUACUCUUUUCCCGGUGCGAAGCCAUUCCUUUAAUCGUCCAGUAAGGGUCUUUUAGACUGCGUGUAAAUUAACAGGGGCAGUAGGAGGGGUCCUGCGCAUUUUUCUCUUCGGAAUGCAUUUAUUAGUAAUUUUAGAGCUCGACAGUGAACACGAAAGAUAAUUCUUCCUAGUCGCCUGGAAUAGAGGCUGGUCAGCGGCACUUUUUGCCUAUCUCGCUGCAUACCCUUUUUAUCUCACUCCAACUGUCUAAGAACAAGGUUGAGCAUACUUUUCGACGCGUGUGUCAUGUUUAGAAGGCAAGGAUACCUACCUAUCCACCCUUUCGCACUGAUAAAAUCGAUCUUUCCCGUCUCAUCCUUGUAGGCCCCCGCGGCUUUUGGUUUUGUCUCGUUUCUCGUACAUGAGGGACUUCCGCGAAAUCGGGUACGAACCUACCUCUUCAUUUUUGCUCUGGCCUCACCGUUGGGAGCGAUUGGAACUUAUCUGUCUCUACUCCUUCAUGGCUACCUGGAGGCUCACGCAGAGGUAUGUUGCUCCCAAAUGUUCGCUACUUAUGUUUCAAUUUUCCCCUGAAAUCACAAUUUGCUUAUGUCAUCGAGCACAGAACAACGGACUGGAACCCAAAAGUCCCCAUUUUCCACCAACAAGCUGAUGGGAUUCCUGGGCCAAAAACCCUUUGUUCAUAUCAAGUAGGCAUUUGACACUCACUGUUGUGGUUAUGAUCUCACUCGAUCCCAUUCUGUCCGCUCGCCAGCUUGCUACUGGCGACAACAAACGCUGUGUCAUAGGGCACAUACCACAUCUAAUACAUAGGCAGCUCGCUAAGAGUUCAACAGGCCAGACGCAGACAGCUGUUUCACGGUCGUUACCGAUCAUCAGUACGCCAUAGGCCUUAUGAAUUACGGUAUAUAAGCAUGUCAAGUAGGCGUUUGACGCCCACUGUUGUGGGAUCGAGUGAGAUCCUGAUCACAACAAUGCCAAACGCCUACUUGACAUGCUUAUAUACCUCACUUCAUAAGGCCUAUGACGUACUGAUGAUCGGUAACGACCGUGAAAUAGCUGUCUGCGUCUGGCCUGUUGCACUCUUAGCUAGCAACCCUUUGUUCUCCUAUUUACCUAUUGAUGGGUUUUUGGGAAGGGACCUCCGAGUUUCAAAAAGAAUAGCAACGAGCCGGCGGUUUUGACCGAAACCACUUUGACAAGAACAGCUGGCUCCACUUUUUCCACUUAAGUUGGGCGUUGGAGGGCUCCAACUCUUCAGGAAUGUGAUAUUGUCCCCCUUUCCACCCCUAAAAUCGCUCAACGUUAGUCGGGUUUGGUACUUUUCUUUGCGUGAACAAUGACUUCCUCGCCAAUCACUACCGACCCUUGUUGAUACCGCGGUUAGAGCGUUCCUACUAUCUGACGCAUUCGCAUCUUGGUGCUGUAGAAUAGGUGUUCAGCGAGAGGCUUUCUUGCCAAGGUUUUAGUAUAUAUCCGUUCUGCUACCAGUCUGUGGUGUAUCAAGCCCAAUGAACAAGACAGAUGCCUUGCAUAGUCCGAGCACAGUGUAACGGAUGUGCGUCAACUUCUUAUUGGGGGGGAGGGGGGAUUAAGUCCGCAUGUAAUUGAGGGCAGGUGAGGUAAAAUCUCACUAUUUAUGCGUGUCUCGCGAGAGUAAAGAUCGAGAAAGCGGGCAAACGAAGUUUGGCGCGCGUUUUAUAGGAGAAUCGACGAGGAGACAAGCGCAAGUCUGCUCAAGACGCCUGAUGAGAAGAAUUCAGGCAUUAUACAGCAUGUGGUAGGCAGCCAAUUCAAGUAAGAGAGUCCUGUUUAGCCUAGUGAUUAGCUGAACACAUCAGAGGGAAUAGGUAACCCAAUAAACUCUGAAAAGUCCGAAGGACGCGACUGCAUUACGUGAACGUGUAAUUCAAAACCAAACCCGGGCCAAAUCCAAUUCGGGGAUGCUGAUAUAAGGCGGUUUUAAACGCUAGGCUAACCAAAGAGUCGUAAAAGUCAGCUCAAAUCGUUAGAAAGCCGAAGUUUAUAAUAAAAGCGAAUUUUGUUCAGACCGAGUAGAUAAGAAACAAAAAUGAGCCGCGCCAAGUUUAAAAAUAACUUGGAACUAGUGCGAAGAGGUGGAAGAAUGUGCGCAGACGUCUGAUUGGCGGGAGGAGCAGAUGGGAAGCGGGUGGCAACCAGUGGGGAAGACGGAAUGGCGAAAGCGGAUGGUAGAAGUAUCACAGAACAAGGAAAGGGUGGGAGACGGCAACUGAGGCUGUCGCGAGGCAGUCGGAAAGUGAGGACCAGUGCCAGUGGUUAUGCGCAAGUGAAUGCCAGUAUGCAAAGUAUUAUUACAUAAUGAAGUUUGCAAAAUUGUAGUAAGCGCCAUGACGGGCAGGACUGGGUGUGAUACCGAGCGCGCUUGCGCCUCCCCAAGCAAAAGCUAUACGCUUGACAAGGGAGGAGAGGGGAGGCGGUUAGGUUCCGCGCUGCCUCCCCCCUCCCUAUUUUUUUCUGUACUUUAAAAUCCUUGUCAGUGUACCUUGCGGACCAUGGGGUGUGGUGGUACGCCUAGGUGCGGGUUUACUCCGUUCCAGCCACCUGCGUCCUCUCCCGUCUCCGGUGUUCUUGACUCCGUCUUGACAUGGGCUCCAGUGUGGGGGGGGGGAAGAAGAAGGAGGACGGUAAGUGCUGCACAAGUCUACUAUCACUAUAAACUAAUUCAUGCACAAGUCACCGUCCCUGCUCUCAACCUGUUGUGGUGCACACGGUGGACAUCGUCGACGACGACGAUUGAAGUGUCGUAUUGCUUAAUUAUAAGGUGCCGUCGAAGUUGCGCGUAUAUAGCUUUGAAGUGUAUGAAUUUACUCCCACAAAUUUUUACGUCUGUCAAAAAAAUUCAGAAGGUCUAGUAACCGUCGCUAAAUCAGUUGGUUCUUUGGAUGUAUCUGAUGUACUUUAAAAAUAUUGAAAAUACCUACUGUCUCAGUUCGGAGACUUCUAGUGGGAGCUGAAGUAUCGCGUAGGCUUUCUCUGUCCGUCGACGGCGUUAGAUAUGGCCGGACUGAGGGGUCUCGCAAGUCGUUUUGUAUACGUUAUGAAUUUGUACAAUCAAAACUGUAAGAUUGCCACCCGAGAUUCGUGUCUUGGACAACCGCUAUGCCCGCGUAUAGUCUAAAUAGUAAAAAGUCAACAACUCACCUUUUAUGACUUUGUAAACCAGGAUGCUAAGAAGGCCUUCCUCUCCUCCUUCUCCUCUCAGGACUAGAGUCAGACUGCAAUGACCCCCUCUUAAUAUGGCCUUUAUGGCACGCCCACUCAGUUGGGAUCCGAGCUGCCCCCACCUUUCCGAUUAGAGUCAGUCCGUGUCCACAUUCGUGGUUCACCUGCAUCCCCGUCACUUUAAGCACCAGACGGGCUGCAUCGCUAUUGCCCUAGACCAAAACGGAGCCGCAUUGGCUCACGGCGCGUGUUAGUCCGGCUGCGCCGGGUCUGCGUGAGUUCACAGCUACUAUCGUGAGUGCAUAUUUCACGUUGUUAGUAAUCACGACAAAUCUCACCGCCAGUCAGCCGAUGGACUCGAACAGACCACCGAUGCCGGGGAGAGGCAAGAGAAUGAGAAUCAUGCCUACGUACUCUUGCUGCUGACAAUUCAGAGUACUCCGCAGUAUGAUAAACUUGAUGUUCUUGAAGCUGUCACGACGCCCUGGAGGUCAUCGGCUCCCCGAGGGUUGCGAACUGACGGGUCUCCUUUGGAAGGGGAGUCGGACCGUAACUGCUUUUUCUUUUUCUGGCAUUUGUGGCGCCCACGUAGGCGAUAUGCGAGCUCGUGUGUCGCACGCAUUAGAUGACGAAUUCAUGCCACGUCAGCCACUGCAUUCAGUCGUUUCUCUAGUCAGCCUGACUCGGACUAGCCGGUUGGAUAUGGGAAAGAAGGUAGGGUGGCAUGUUUAGUUCGAAUCUAGCGCCCAUUUUAUUAACAACUAAACGCGCUGUGCAAACGCCGUGCGUGCUAAGAGUUGUUGUUUGUUGGGUUACCAACUGACGGUAAAACUUAAUCCUACUCAGGACUGACGGCCAGCCUGUGAGGACUCCUCAACGUGCUCUCUAUGGCGCUAACUCAUGUGAGAUCUGAGACCUCCUCACUUUGAGGUCUGGCUCGUUCGUGGCACGCGUAGACGGGUCGUUCAGCACCAUCAGCCAUUGCGUCCAUCAGCAGUUGUCCUCGUAUUAGCUUGCCAGUGGCGCUCAGUAGGCGUGAAGAGCAAAUGAGACGUAAUUGCCUCACCACAAGCCCAUUCGCGCUCAUGUAAUUACUACUUACUCGGGACAUUAGUUGACCUCCGCGCUUGCGGCGAUCUAACAAUUGUUCCUUAUGACCAAUAGAAAAAGCGGUGGCAGUUGCCAAAAACCCUCCGGGUUUUCUUAAUUUUAACAGGCGCUUCACAAAAAGGGUGGCUACUGAAGCUAUUCCACUGGAAAGCAGACAUUCCUAUUUCUCUCUCCGGUUUUCAAUAUUACAGUUUGUUUCCCAUUUCUCUUUUACACCAGUCUGCAUCGGGGACCGUCGCCGCGACCAUGGUGCCUUCCACUACAGGCACUGGCUUCGUCCUCUUGGUUUCCGGUGGCACCUUUCUUUACGUUGCUGCCGCGCAUAUCCUGCCCCAGCUGGCCUCCGAGUCUGCUGCCGCCUCUUCUGCCGGUCAGUCCUCGCCCUCCUGUCCAGCCGCAAACUCACGGUCGCCUUCCAUGGGGCAUACCGUCAAGCCCCUCGAGACACUAGCCUUCGUUGUGGGCAGCUGUAUUCCCGUGCUCAUAUCCUUUGGACACUCACACUAG